AUGGCUACAAAAGGGCGCCCUUUCGCGUCCAUCUCCCCGGUACCAACUGCUGUCGAUAAUGUCCAGCUACGACGAGAAAGAAGACAGCAGCUCAAGGAUACCUCGGUCAUCUAUGAGGUCAACACAGGUGUAGAAUCACCUUCCGACCUGGUUCCUCACAAUGGUCUUCACCGUACUCUCAAGCCUCGCCAUGUCCAAAUGAUCGCUAUCGGCGGAGUCAUCGGCACAGGUCUCUUCCUCGGUACCGCUGGUGACCUUCAGAACGGUGGCCCUGCAGGACUCCUCAUCUCCUACGCCGUCAUGUCCAGUCUCUUGUUUGCCAUCAUGACCUCUUUGGGUGAGAUGGUCUCGCACCUCCCCAUUCCGGGUGGACAGUUUGCUCUCGCGGGACGAUUUGUCUCAAAAGAAUUGGGCUUUGCCAUGGGAUGGCUGUGGUGGUUCAACUACAUCGUCUUUCUUCCUGCCGAAGUCUCUGCAUGUGCCGUGCUUAUCUCUUACUGGACUCCGAAGGGCACUGGUGAUGGCACUUGUACCGCGGGCAUCUGCAACAAUGCCAUGUGGGUCGGCAUCGUUUUGAUUGUGGUCUGGGCUAUCAAUUUUGCUGGUACCAAGUACUAUGGCGAGUGUGAAUUUUGGUUCGCCUCACUCAGAAUCAUCACCAUCAUCGGUCUCAUCAUUAGCGGCAUCAUCAUCACCAGCGGCGGUGGACCCAACCACGAGACUAUCGGCUUCAGGUUCUGGAAUGAGACUGGCGGUCUCAUGCAGUACGAGGGUAUUGUUGGUGCUAAAGGACGUUUCCUCGGCUUCUUCGCGACUCUGAUUUCGGCUGCUUUCGCUUUCAUCGGGUCGGAGAUCACUGCUAUUGCUGCUGCCGAGACCGCGGACCCUCGCAGGGCAGUUCCCCGUGCUAUCAAGUCAGUUUGGAUUCGACUCGUGCUGUUCUAUCUCACUAGUGCUUUCCUCAUCGGCCUCCUCGUCUCUCCGUCAGAUCCUUCUCUCAACCUCAGCAGCACCGCCGCCAAAUCGCCCUUUGUCAUCGCCAUGAAGAACGCUGGUAUCAGCGUCCUCCCUUCCAUCGUCAAUGCCGCCCUCCUCACAUCCGCAUGGUCCGCCGCCGUUGCAGACCUCUACAUCUCCUCUCGCUCUCUGUACGCUAUCACUCUCCGGGACGACUCUCCCAGGUGGUUCAAGUCUACGCUUCUCAAGACAAGGAAAGCGGAUGUGCUCCCGUGGGUUUGCGUCUGUGUCUGUGCGGCGUUUAGUCUUUUGUCGUUCAUGGCUGCCGACUCUGGUCAUUCGGCGGGAACUGUCUUUGGAUACUUCGGAAACAUGACAGCCUACUGUGGUAUCAUCUCCUGGUCAUGCGUGCUCUUCACCGGCAUUCGAUGGAGGAAAGGCCUCCAGUUGCACUCUAUUGACCGGACUUCUCUCCCUUACAAAGCACCCCUCCAGCCUUAUCUCAGCUACUACGGCUUGACAAUCUGCAUCAUUGUGCUCAUCUUUGGAGGAUUUGCCAACUUCAUCCAAGGUUUCAACACUUCUGGAUUUAUCACGACCUACUUCCCUGUACCAUUCUUCCUCGUACUCCUCUUUGGCUACAAGAUCAUCAACAAGACAAAGCUGGUCAAGUACGAAGAUAUGGACUUUUACACCGGCUCGUCCGCAGAUAUCCCCACUGAUGAGACGGCUCCCUCUAACCUUUGGGAGAAGUUGAAGGAGAACAUCUGGUCUAUAUUUGUCGUAGUGGACGGCGUGGAGGUAAUUUUGGGACUUGGAUUUUUUGGGUCGUUGUAUGCGAUGAGUUUUCGCCUUUUUUGAAAUGGGGGCAAUAGAUGCAUUAAUUCUUGAUCCAUCAUACCUCUCUUUCGUUUCAUGUCCAAAUGCCAUUGCCCCCUUCAUUAUCCACACCAUCCACCCCUCCACUCCACCCCUGCUCGCCUCCAUCGCCCCCAAACAGAUAACCAGGCCAG